AAAAGUAUGAGAAGAGGAGAAGAGAGAUAAAUGAAAUGGAAAGAGAGAGCGAGGAAAGACUAAGAAAAGGUGAAGUAGAAAGGCAACGAGAGUUGAAUGCAAGGAUCGAGAAAAUAUACAGAGAAAGUGAUGAAUCUCAAAAAAAUGAGGAACUUCUUCAAGGAGACGAGAAUAAUGCGGAAUCGGAGUUCGACAAAGAUUAUCGAAAAGUUAAGCAAGAAGUUAUAAAACAAAUUAAGGAAAGUGCAAAAAAUUUGCUGGUUCAUGAUGGUGAAUUUCGAUUUGAGUAUGAGGACGAGAAUUUAGUCGAUUACGGUAAAUUUCAUUGUUUCAAUGGAUUUACUGAUAAAGAACAACAGGAAAUUUCUUAUGCUUUGAAAUUUCAAGCUAAUACUGAA